AAAGGAAAAUGGACCAACUAUGGGCCGAGCCCAUUACCAGGAAUAUUAAGCCGGGUCAUAUACUCAUCGUUAGGUUGUGCUGAGCUCAUAUAGUCAUCGUUAGGAACAAACAAAACCCUAUCAAAAUUCGUUGUGCUGAGCUAUCUCUUCCGCCGCCGGAGUAAAAAGCAUCCACCAUGGCUACCGACGCACCCUCAUCCCGUCAGCUCUCCCAAAAGGAAGCUGACAUCCAGCUGAUGUUGGCUGCCGAUGUUCAUCUCGGCACCAAGAACUGUGACUACCAAAUGGAGCGUUACAUUUUCAAACGCCGUCAAGACGGUAUUUAUAUUAUUAAUCUUGGAAAGACUUGGGAGAAACUUCAACUAGCUGCUAGGGUCAUUGUUGCCAUUGAGCACGCUGAGGAUAUUAUUGUCCAAUCUGCAAGGCCUUAUGGACAGAGGGCAGUUCUGAAGUUUGCUCAGUACACUGGAGCUCAUGCCAUUGCUGGAAGGCACACUCCCGGAACUUUCACCAAUCAGCUUCAGACUUCAUUCAGCGAGCCUCGUCUUCUCAUCCUCACCGAUCCAAGAACUGAUCAUCAGCCAAUCAAGGAAGCUGCUCUUGGAAAUAUUCCCACAAUUGCUUUCUGUGACACUGAUUCUCCUAUGAGAUAUGUUGACAUUGGAAUUCCUGCUAACAACAAGGGAAAGCAUAGCAUUGGUUGUCUCUUUUGGCUUUUGGCUAGGAUGGUUUUGCAGAUGCGUGGUACUAUUCGCCCUGGUCAUAAGUGGGAUGUGAUGGUUGAUCUCUUCUUCUAUAGAGAACCCGAGGAAGCCAAGGAGCAAGAGGAGGAGGAAAAUCCCGCUCAAGAUUACGCCAUUGCUGACUUCAAUGCUGUUCCAUCUGAUGCUCAGUGGCCUGCUACCAUUGAUCAACCAUGGGCUGAUGCUGUCCCACAACCUAUUUCAGCAGCUCCUGCUGCCAACUGGGCAGGCCAAGAAGCUGUUGCAGGGGACUGGGGUGAAGCUGUACCACCUCCACAACAAAUUCCCAUUGCCGGAACUGAAUCUGUGGCAGCAACUGGCUGGGAUUUAAACUAGUUUUUUUUAUCAUAUGAUGUUCCAUUUCCCUAAGUAAAAUUUUGGUCAGUUUUUUUGGUAGCUUAGGAAUUUUUGCUUCUAGUAUGCUAUGAGUUACAGUAAUAUUUGCGACUUGAGUUAUUUUAAUUGUACUAUUAUAGUUUUUACUGAUUAUCAAAUUACUCUAGUUAUUCUAUUUCAAUUCCAGAAUCAAUUUGAACUUUGGUUUUAC